GUUUGUUGAGUUCACAAUUGGCAUGAAGUGCCAUUGAGUAUUGACUAUGCAAUUCCGAGAAUAAUAACAGUGCAGGAACUCCAGAAGCCUCAGGAAAAAGCGCAACAUCGUUUCGCUCCCGCGACAUUGCGUUUCUCUGCUUUGGCUCGAAACAAAAUUCGAACUCUUAAUCUCAUUUUACCAGUGAUAUAUAAUUUAAUCAUCCCUGAAUCACACCAUCAGCGGGAAAGGAGAAAUCAAUAUGGAGAGCGCAUCGGAGCUGGUAGAAUUCCCAUUGUUGUUGACCCCAAUCGAUUCCAAUUACAGAGCUUGCACUAUUCCUUACAGAUUCCCAUCCGAUAAUCCACGCAAGCCUACCCCUACCGAGCUAACUUGGAUUGAUCUUUUCUAUAAUUCCAUUCCUUCCUUCAAGAAGCGUGCAGAGAGUGAUACUUCUGUUCCUGACGCUGCUUCCAGAGCUGAAAAAUUUGCUGAAAGGUAUGCUGAAAUACUUGAAGAUUUUAAGAAUGAUCCAGAAAGUCAUGGCGGACCUCCAGAUUGCAUACUUCUCUGCAGACUUCGUGAGCAAAUACUUAGAGAACUGGGAUUCAGAGAUAUCUUCAAGAAAGUUAAGGAUGAAGAGAAUGCAAAAGCCAUCUCCCUGUUUGAAGAUGUUGUUCGUCUUAAUGAUGCUAUUGAAGAUGAAGGCAAGCGACUUGAGAAUCUAGUUAGAGGAAUUUUUGCCGGAAACAUAUUUGAUCUUGGCUCUGCACAGCUUGCAGAGGUUUUCUCUAAGGAUGGAAUGUCCUUUUUAGCUAGUUGUCAAAAUCUUGUCCCUCGACCUUGGGUUAUUGAUGACCUUGACACUUUCAAAAUGAAAUGGAGCAAGAAGCCUUGGAAGAAGGUUAUCAUAUUUGUUGAUAACUCAGGUGCAGACAUAAUUUUGGGUAUUUUGCCCUUUGCAAGGGAGCUUCUUCGGCGUGGGAGUGUGGUUGUAUUGGCUGCUAACGACUUACCUUCCAUCAAUGAUGUGACUUACCCUGAGCUAGUUGAAAUCAUCUCGAAGCUAAAAGAUAAAGAAGGAAGGCUUCAGGGCGUCGAUGCUUCUAAUCUCUUGAUUGCUAACUCUGGCAAUGAUUUGCCGGUGGCUGAUCUUACAAGGAUAUCACAGGAGCUUGCAUAUCUGGCCAAUGAUGCAGAUCUUGUCAUCUUAGAAGGGAUGGGUCGUGGAAUUGAAACAAAUCUCUAUGCUCAGUUUAAAUGCGAUUCGCUCAAGAUUGGGAUGGUGAAGCAUCCAGAGGUUGCCCAAUUUCUUGGAGGACGUCUCUAUGACUGCGUAUUCAAAUAUAAUGAAGCUUCCAGCUUAUAAGUGUUAAAUUAAUCUACUAAUGCUACUUAUUUAGGUUAAUAAUCCAAUCUGAAAUUCGAUUUAAAUCUGGAGCACGCUUACAUUGAUGAAUUAGAUUAGAUCUGAUAUUCUACAUUUCUGCUACGUGCAUGACUUUGCUUAAUGCAUACUGUGAUAUUGCCUUUGUCGUGUCAUCACGACAUCACUUGAAUCUGUUAUGAUCUAAGCUCUUAUUUUCUCACAUGACGAAAUAAUUUUGCUUUCAUGGUU